AAGCCAUUUAAGUGUCCGCACUGUGCGUGUACGUUUGACAGCACUUUGAAUCGGAAAAAUCAUUUGCAAAUCCAUCAAACCCAGAGCAACUAUUCUUACAAGUGUCUGCAUUGUGCACGGACGUAUCAGCACAAGUCGAACUUUCUGGCGCACUUGCGUGGACACACGGACGACCGUCCCUAUCAGUGCAACUACUGCAUGAAGGUCUUCAAGCACAGCCACGUUCUGAAGAAACAUCUGCGCUAUCAUACGGGCGAUCGUCCGUACCUCUGUCUGCAUUGCCUGCAAACCUUUGCGCAGAGGUCGAACUUAAAUGAGCAUAUACGUGAGCAUGCAAGCAAAAUGCCCUACAAGUGUCCACACUGUACGCGGUUCUUCCAUAAAACCGUUAGCUAUAAGUUACAUCUGCGCACCCAUACGGGCGGAAAAGCGUGAAAAUCUCCACGCAGACCAAAUU